AUGUCUUCCAAGACACCACAGCCUAGCAACCCCGCCACGACCAGCCAGGUCACUCCCGAAAGCACCGACAAGGACGGAGACAUCGCCAUGGGAGGUAUCGAAGACCCCAAGGAGAUUACCGUCACUGAGACUCUCAAAGUCGCCAUGUCAGACCGAUUUACAGGCAACCGACAAGAGCUAGAAACCUUCUUGCUUCAACUUGAGAUCUACUUCCAAUUCAAUCAGGAUAAGUUCAACCAUGACGCCGACAAAAGCGUCUGGGCUGCCUUCUACCUUAGAGGAGAAGCCGCUAAGUGGAUCCAACCUUACCUCAAGAAUUACUUCACCAACUUGAGCGAGCCUAAGAAACGAUUGUAUCUCACUCAGACCACUCUUGGGAAAUUCGAAGGGUUUAAGAAAGAAUACGGCGAGUAUUCGGGAAUAUCAAUGAAUUGCGUGGCGCUGAGUCCAAGAUCUAUGGCCUCAAGCAAACAUGUCAGCAGUCAAGUACGCUGUGGAAUUCUGUUGGGUUUCUUGAGACUAGAAAGAGUAUCAGAUUGA